CACACAGAGUCUGAGGAAAAAAAAAAAAAAAAAAAAAAAAAAAAAAGAAACGGGCCCAAAAGGAGAAGAACCGAACUGAAGAGUGUACGGUUCCGAGACCAUGGAGGACUGACAGAUCCACAUCAGACCUGGACUCGGUUUCAUCAGUUUGAUCACAUUUUGCGUAAAAGACUUUUUCUUCUUCUUCACAAACAGGAUUCUCUGUUCGGAUUUUUUCCCAGUUGGAGGAUUAGUUCUUCAUCUGUCAUUUCUUAGACCACAUCAGUCCUGAACCCGGUCUAGAAGUUCGCCUUCUCUCCAGACCUGUUGACUCGGGGAUGUUGAGCUCUGUGAAGAUGGAAACCCACGAUCUACCAGAGUGGAAUACUUUCUACAGCGAAGCCAGUGAGAUGUAUUCCUCUCCCGGCUCCAUGAACUCCGGCCUCGGUUCCAUCAACAGUUACAUCAACCUGAACCCGGCCGCCGCCUCCCCCGCCACCAUGAACAUGGCGUACCCCACCUCCGGCCUCAGCAGCUCGCCGCUGGCCUCCAUGGGCUCUGGCCCCGCCCACAUGCCCCUGUCCCCGGUGGCCCCGUCCCUCAGCUCGGGUUCCCUGACCCAACUGGGCCCCGCCGCCCCGGGUUCCCUGGGCUCCCUGACCCACUACCAGAACAUGGGCCAGUCCAUGAGCCAGCUGGGAUACCCCGCCACCACCGCCGGCCUGAGCCGGGGGCCCAAGGAGAUCCCCCCGAAGCCCUACCGGCGGUCCCUGACCCACGCCAAGCCGCCAUAUUCCUACAUCUCCCUCAUCACCAUGGCGAUCCAGCAGAGCGGAAGUAAGAUGCUGACGCUGAACGAGAUCUACCAGUGGAUCAUGGACCUGUUCCCGUAUUAUCGCGAGAACCAGCAACGUUGGCAGAACUCCAUCCGCCACUCGCUGUCCUUCAACGACUGCUUCGUGAAGGUCGCCCGCUCACCGGACAAACCCGGUAAAGGCUCGUACUGGACGCUGCACCCGCAGUCGGGCAACAUGUUCGAGAACGGCUGCUACCUGCGGCGCCAGAAACGCUUCAAGAUCGAGGACAAGACGGCCAAGAAGGGCGCCAAGAACCAGGAGUCAGGGAAGGGAGGCCACGGCGGCGACCACCUGGCGGAGGAGCAAAGCCCUACGGGAGCGUCAGAGGGCGCCGACUCCGCCCACUCAGACAACUCCCACCCCGGAUCCUCCUCGGACGACGGCCCCCACCACCGGAACUCCCUGGUUUCCUUGGACUGUGCUCCUCUGUCCUCCUCACACCUCCACAGCCCGCCGCCGUCCCUGGCCCCGCCCUCCUCCACCCCGUCCUCCCUGUCCCUGGCGCCCUCCUCUUCCUCCUCCUCUUCCUCUUCCUCCUCCAAUCUCCUCUACUCCCAGUCUCUCGCCGGCAGCGCCCACCUCCUACCCGGCGCCGCCAUGCAACAGCACCUGGACCUUCAGAGCGACGCCCUCAAGUCCCUGGACCCCCACUACAACUUCAACCACCCCUUCUCCAUCACCAACCUCAUGUCCAACGAGCAGAAGAUGGACCUCAAGUCCUACCAGGACCAGGUCAUGGCCUACAACAGCUACACCGGCGGCUCUCCGGUCGGCGCCAAACAGAUCUACGACAGCCCCGGACCCGCCACCAUGGACUCGGGCGCCUACUACCAAACUCUGUACAGCCGCUCGGUGCUCAACGCCUCCUAAUGUGGACUCUGGACCUGGAUCUGGAUCUGGUCUCCAAAAUGGACGCCCAGGCCCGUCUGUGUCCCUGCUCGUCUUUCUGCUCUUUCGUCUCUGGCUUCCAUCCAACGGCCUUGAACAGACUCGCAUCUAAAAUGGCCGCCGUGUUUGAGGCCAAAGGACUAUUUUUCUGUUCUUUAUUUUCUUCCCUUUUUUCGUUGGACAGACGAGACAAGUGAAGGACCAGGACGACGAAGAAGACAUUUCCAUUUUCCAUCGCUGUGUAUAAAAUGUAAAUAGAAGUAAUGUGGCGGGGGGGGAAAGGAUAUUUGCUUUUAUUUAUGAAGGGAAUAAAUUUUAAUAUAUCGUGUAUAGUGAGUUACAGCCCUAAUGGGAGGUGUUUUUUCCGGCGGGGGGAGUUUUUGUUUUUUGUUUUUUCAGUUACUGUUGAGGCAGGUGUUACUGCGGCGAAAGACGGCGAUGGAGGCGACUUUCGUGUUACAGCGUUUCACAUUCCGUCACUGAUUCCAGAUCAGAUCAGUCGGCAUUUGUCGGAUUAAAUGAAGAAAAUAUUUCGAGUAACUGUGGUAAAAGCUACAAAUAAGUUUCUGUUUGUCUUCAUCCACAUUGUGUUACCUUUAAGGCCAUGGGUGGGGGAGGGGGUGGAGUGUUGGGGAGGAGGCGGGGUCAGUCAGUUACUAAAACAGUGGAGGGAGGAGAGAUGCACUAUGGGAGAUUUACAUACAGUACUUUGCACUAUGGAGCUCAUGGGCUGAUAGUGUUUGUUACAACAAAGCCCCCGCUCUGUUAAAGCAUCAUGGGAUAUCACUGCAGCUAAGGCGUCAAAUGACCACACGACCCCCCCCCACCCCCGCCCCCAGAAAAUGGCCGAUCAAUGCGUCGACAAUCUGACGACAGCGUGGAGGACGAGGUUCAGGUCACAUGAUUUUCUGUGUUUAUUUAAGCUAGCGUCUGUUGCUUCUCAACCUUUUGACCGUGUGCUGAUAUAAUAUAUGGUUCUGUUGUUGUUGUUGUUGUUUGUGUUGGUAUAAAUGUGAUUGAAAUGAUUCGGUUUUCUUAUUAAAAAGGCAAAAAUACGGGGA